CGGGGAGGGAGGAGUGGAGGAGGCGGUGGACGCAGAACCGCCCGUGCAUGUCCUUCCCCUCUACGCGAUGCUCCCACCCAAAGCCCAAGCAGCGGUGUUCCUACCCCCUCCCUCCCCGCGCCACCGCCGCAUCGUGGUCGCCACCAAUGUGGCAGAGACCUCCCUGACUCUUCCGGGUAUCCUGUACGUGGUGGACUGCGGGAGGGUCAAGACCCGGACCUUCGAUCACGCCUCGGGCGUUUCUCGUUACGAAGUGCAAUGGAUCUCACAGGCUUCGGCAGACCAGCGGGCAGGUCGUGCAGGGCGCACUGGGCCUGGCCACUGUUACCGGCUUUAUUCCUCGGCGGUUUUUUCUCAACGGCUCAGCCAUUUCACGGCCCCCGAGAUUUUGAACUUGCCGUUAGAAGACGUUUUCUUGCAGCCUUGGGCGUGCCCUUGA